AUGGUCAUUGGUUGGCUUAGGAUGGGGUCGUGGUUCACGGGGAGCACAAGUUGGGGGAAAGAUGUAGUAUCUUCGCAAGUUCUUCAAGUCGCUGUUGCUGCGUAUGCCCUUGCAUCGGCGAGGAAGAAGCGCAAAUGGGGCGGAUCUGUUCGAGGCCACAUUACCUAUGACCGCGAGCGUGCGGCAGCUGCAAUUAGGUUGGAGAACGACUACUUCGGGCCUAAUGCACUAUACAACGAGGAAAUGUUUCAUCACCGGCUAAGCUUUUCACCAAAGCAGAAAUAUGUGGUUGCAAUGAAGAUGCUUGCUUAUGGGUCAAUUGUAGAUGCUUUAGAUGAUGGACAACAGUAUCUUAGGAAACCAAAUGCACAAGAGUUGGAACAUAUCCUUGCUGUUAAUAAGGCACGUGGUUUUCCUGGAAUGAUUGGGAGUAUAGAUUGUAUGCACUGGGAGUGGGAAAACUGUCCUAGUGGCUGGGGAGGAAUGUACAAGGGGCACAAAGGCAAGCCAACUCUAAUUCUUGAAGCUGUGGCGACCCAGGAUCUUAGGAUUUGGCAUGCUUUUUUUGGGCUUCCAGGAUCUCACAACGACAUCAACGUGUUGCAGCGUUCUCCAGUGUUUGAUGAUUUAGCUAAUGGGAAUGCUCCUCCUGUGGACUUCACUGUCAAUGGUAACCCCUACUGUAUGGGUUACUACUUGACAGAUGGAAUAUACCCCGAGUGGGCUACUUUAGUGAAGAGCAUUAGUGCACCUGUGAGCAAUAAACAGCAGGUCUUUGCUAAACAACAGGAAAGUUGCAGGAAGGAUGUUGAACGAGCAUUUGGUGUGCUACAAGCUAAGUGGAAGAUAUUGCAUGGUCCAACAAGACUUUGGAAGGCUAAAGACCUGAAUGCUAUAAUGCUAGCUUGUGUGAUCCUCCAUAACAUGGUCAUUGAAGAUGAGCGUAAUGUUCAGUUACCUACAGUUGGUCGCAAUGAGUGGCCUGGCCGGGACAAUCCACCAUUACAUCAUCUUGUUAAUAUUCCUAGCAUUGAUGAGCUAAUAGAUGCAUACUCGAUUAUCCAGGACCAGAGUACUGCACGAUCUCUCAAAUCUGAUCUGGUUGAGCACAUGUGGACGCUUUAUGGUUCUAACUCUGGUCCAUUUGCUAGGACAACUAGACAGUAA